UUUCUAAAACCCUAAUUCUUCUCUCGAUCGAUCCGAUGCGGGUUCGGCUCUGACGGCGAUGGCGCUGGAUCGCCGCUAUGGCGCUGCGUGGAUGCGCGCUUUGAUCGGCCUCCUCCUCGGCAUUCUGCUCUGCGCUCCCGAGGAUGUUUCGGGUCAAGCUGUGUAUUCCACAUCCUCUAGGUUCAAAUCCAAGACCUCGGUGCUCUCUCUUUUCGACAUGGCGCGCUCCAAAAAGUUCUGGACCGACACUCUCAUGUGGAGAAGCUAUGACGACUUCGAGCGAUUCGAGUCCCACGAUUUGAGCAAGAAAGCUCUUGCAAAUUUCACUGGCUCCGGAAGAAUUGCCAAGUAUCUAAACAUGACUGAAAUCGAUGCGAUCUAUCUACCUGUUCCAAUUACCUUCGUCUUCAUCGGCUUUGACGGCCAUGGAAACCAUGAUGUGAAGCUGCGAGAGGACGAGAUGGAGCGCUGGUUUACAAACAUUGAUCAUGUUUUGGAACACACGCGGAUACCUCAACUCGGUGACGAUCUUACACCCUUUUAUAAGGUCGGAGCUGAUGGUACCCCGAGGCCGCACCUCCCUCUUGUUAGCUAUACGCACUACAACUAUUCCGUGCAUACUAUCGAUAUGGGAACUGAAGUAACUAAGCUUUUUGAGUACGCCAUCAAAGUUCUCUCCCGGAGGGAAGAUACCAGUGACUCAAGGCCAGAUUCUGAAGUUACUUGGCAAGUGGACAUGGAUAGCAUGUCAUACUUAUUCGAGAGCUUAACGCACUAUUUGCAAUUGGAAGAUGCAUAUAACAUCUAUGUUCUGAACCCUAAGCGUGACGAGAGCAGAAAGACUUACGGCUACAGGCGCGGGCUGUCCAUUUCGGAAUUAAAACUUGUUGCUAAAAAUUCCAACUUGAAGUCGUUGAAGACAACAAAGCAGCGGAAUCCACUAGACAUCGAGAAGUUAAGAAAACCUUCACAUGAAAAACAUCCAAGGCAGAAGUUCUCUUGGACAUCCUCUCAACACAUGGACAUGAAACAAUGGACUCAGAAGUAUACAGAUGCACUCAAGUCAAUCGAGGCGUCAAUGAAAUCAAAAGCCUCAGAAGAGUUGUUGUUUAUGAAAACUCAGCAGGUUCUCUCGGAAUCAAGCCAUGACUUAGCCUUUUCUUUGAAGAGAACAUUGAAAAACCCAGACGCAUUCAAGACGGUAGAAGAAUGCCUCGUUGAUACGUGGACUGGUCAAGGGCGAUGGGCAUUCAUAGACUUGACGGCCGGUCCAUUCCAUUGGGGACCAACAGUUGGUGGCGUAGGCGUGCGUACGGUUGGGAGCUUGCCGUCCGUAGAGAAGCUCUUCGGUAGUUUAGCGGUCAACGGUGGAGUUAUUUCAAAUGAUGAUCAUAUUCAGGAACUUCAAGAAGCUAUGGAUGGUCGGUUUACAACGAUGGACGAUGGGCACGGAGCUAUAGACGUACUUCUGGCGGAAGUUGAUGUUUAUGACAUGUUCGCAGAAAAGCAUUGCCGGGGCCGGAAGAUAAAAAUCGCUUUAUGCCAAGAAUUGCAAGAGAGGAUGGACGAUCUUAAAGACGAGUUAGAUUCGUUGCGAUCUGAAGGUCAUGACGAAGAGCAUCAAAAAAAGGCCCUAGCAGUGUUGCAACGUGUAGAAAAAUGGAAUCUAUUUGGAGACAUCCACGAGCACGUACAAAACUUCUCUGUUGCCAGGGAUUCUUUUCUUGCUCAUCUCGGCGCAACGCUAACAGCGGGUAUGAAACAUGUAAUCACCCCUUCUACAGCAGAAGGAGCAUUCCAUUACUAUGAUAAAGUUUCUAUUCAAAUAUACGUAAUCACUGAAGAGAGAACUAGACAUAUCGGUUUGCUGCCUUUAGACAUUUCCCAAGUAAAGGAUGCGAUUUCAACACUCAGACUUCCGUCCCAGACAUUCCAAUACAAUGUUCACUUGAUAGGACUUUCUGAGGAUCCGGCCCUGGCAAUGGCAUUCUCAGUUGCGCGCCGUGCCGCGGUUAUACCUGUCUUGCAAAUGAAUGGCGCACACAGCCAAUCAACUCGUAACUAUCUAGACUCGAUCAUUCUCCAACACCAGCUCCAACAGUUAACCGCCAGAAGUCCGAGAUCAGGUAGCACAGUUCUUACGUUCUUUUCACUCGAUUCGCUCGGUUUGCUGUUUUCAGUUCCGAAGUCGACGCUGGAAGUGCCAGUGUUCUGGUUCAUCAGAUCGGAUGAGUCUGUGUUUAUUGACAAGCACUAUUUGGCAAAGGCACUUCCGGAUAUGGUUAUUGUUAUGCAGUCUGCUCAAUCAUCGUGGCCAAGCCACCUACAAUGCAAUGGCAAAUCAAUCGAUUGGGAUGCAAGCUCACCUAUCAAAGCCGCCGUUGCUGCCGUCGCGGAGCAUUUGUCCGGCUUGAUGCCAACACACCUGACUUAUAGCCAUGCACACGAUAAUGCCGACGAGGACUGGACGUGGUCCGCUGGAAACCAUCCAUUUUCUGGCACCUCAAGCGGCUACACGAUAUCGUCUCUCCACACGGACGCAAUAGCCAGAAGUUACAUCGUCUCCGCCCUGGACGAAUCGGUGCAAGAGAUGAACGCGGUGUUUGAACGACUGUCCAAAGAGCCAACCCACGAACGAGUGUUCAGACCAUUUAAGUCGAUGGAGCGUCAGUUACUGCAAGAAUACAAUUCAGUUGUGGGCAUAUGGAGACAAAUUUCUAUCAACGUUGGGAAAGCAAAAUUCGACGACGCUGUUCGGUCACUCUCGUCACUGAGACAUGCGUCUGAGAGAUUAACACAGCAAUCAGAUGCGAUAAUCACCGCGCUGCACCCCUUACAUUGUACCCAACAUGGACACCUUCAUGUUCCAAGGGAGCUGUUUGCCUGUUUUGGGCUUGCGGUGGUGGCUGUCAUGCUGCGGUAUGCAUUGUGGCCGAGAAGAUUAAAGCCCAAAAUCAACUGAGAUAUAUGUCCUAACUUUUUAAAAGCCAAGUCUGCUAAGAACUUCACCGAGAAUUUUGAGAGAGACAAGGCGUGACAAGCUUAUCAUGGUAGUGUUGCGAUCCUGUUUCCCCACCUUGUUUUCAUAUAGAUAUAUACAUGGUAUCUAUUACUAUAUGUUUUCCA